ACUGCCGGGCCACACUCUGCCAAAACGCAGCUUACACUUUUCAUAUUUGUCUAUUCGGCCCUAGCUUUUGGAGGUGCUCGGGAGCAAGCAGUGUUUUCUGUGCGUGCACUUCGGAAGAACCAAAAGAACCAACCAGUAAUCGUUUGGAACGGAGUUUUUUGCGCGAAAUUUGCAUUUGAUUUUUUUUGUAUUCAAUACCAAAACGAACCGGCGUCAUACGCAACCCUCAUACACAUGGCUCACAUUGCUCUUAAGACGGAAAGUUAUCAAUAGCAACAAUAACAGGAAAACAAUACGCAACACACCGGAACACUCAAGUUGGCGAUUGUUAGGCACUAUUGCACAAGGAAGAACAGUGGUGCAUUCAGGAAGCGUGUUCAAGGAAAAGUUUUCAAUAAAGUGUGAAAAUUCAAAAAAGUGGAUGAUUUGAACAGUGAAGACUGACCGCGGUUUCGCGGUUUCUGCAGUUGUGCAUCGUGUGACUAGUGAACAACAGUGUGUGAUACGCGAGUUCUUGGUGAACUUCGCGCCAAGUGCUCCCAAGGGGUCGUAACUUUUCCGACUAGCCUUGCGUGAAAAAAGCCGUAUUCAACGGAAAUACAUAAAAAUCUGUGAAAACUCUGUGUGUGAUCAUCAGAUAUACGAAUAUUUUACCGCAAUUUCUUGAUUGUAAAUCCUAGCGUAGUGUGACCAAGUUCAGCCGAAGUUCAGGGGAAAUCAACCAAAAUUCCCCGAAAAUCACCAAGAAUAUCCUGCCUCAGCCCAACUCAAAAAAUUGCGUCUCUUCGGGGGUGUUGCACUUUUCCUCCCCUUAACACAAACACACCGUCGAUGCACCACCACCACGACCAGUACCAGAAGAACCGGUGAGGACCCGUCCGUCCGCCGUCCGUCGCGCGCUGAGCUGUCGUGAAGCAGAAACCGAUUUUUCCGAGUUUGCACAAGUGCAUCAAGGGUGCACACCCGGCAGUUAGCAUUCGCGCAGCAAACGAGGAAGAACUUGUCCGGAGGACCGCAGCGCCGUACAGUCGUGUUGUAAAAAGGGGUUAGUUUUUUCGGACCGGGAAGAGAGAAAUUUUUGCUGAGGGGUUUGUGAUUCGCCGGAGCGGAAACGGAACAACCUAUUCCGAUGUGAAGUUUUUAAAUGAAAAAUUGCAGUUUUUUUGGUUUCACGAAAAUCCAUUUCGGCAUACAAGCAAGUGCGUAAAAUUCGAUCCCUUUUGGAAAGUAUUUAUGUUUCGAAGAAGAGUUGAUAUAAGAAAGUGACUAAACUGUUUGAUGAAAAGAAAUCUGUGCGAAAAUUGAAGAAAAUCAAAUCCUAAAGUCGCAGAACGUGUAUAAAAGUGUGUACAUUUUCGGAAGUGAAUAAGUUUAAAAUUAAUCCUUGUAUCAUAAGGCAUAUAUCAGUAAAGAAUAUAUAUCCUGUAACAAAGUCCAAACGAACGAGAAAGAAUAAUUCGCAAUUUUAAGUUUAAGUGAAAAAGAAGAUGUCCAACGGAAUUAGUCGUAGCAAUGAGUGCUCGCCAAUGAAAUUCUCGCAAAAGUUCAUCAAUUCGGCAGAAACCUGCUUCAAUCGCUCCACCGUCAACGCCACCACCAGUAGUGGCCACUCGACCAAUCCAGCUACAGCUGCACCCACAAACCUCAGCCAGUCCCAAUGAAUCCGAUGAAACCGUGGUGUAGUGGGAUAAGCCGCAGGAUCACCGUAGCAGCAGAAGCAGCAGCACAGCCGGAACGGAUGUGAAGCAACAUCGACGCUCUAAUGUAAAACUUUUCAAUCACCCCCCAAAUCAUGAAACAAUACCUUUCGGUUCAAAAUUGAAACUUUUUCGGCAAUCAAAAAACAAAACGAAAAAAUCACGACAACUGUUUGAAAAAUAUCAAAAUUUCGGAAAACCGUCGAAUCAAAAUUGUCUCUUUCGGAACAAACACAAAAAAAUAAACAAGUUCAUUGGAAGCAAAAUUAUCCUUUGGAGUUUGAAAGUUUUGAAUACACAGAGCUUCGGCAAGUGCGUAGCGGUGUAGCCAUUACUGACACGGAAGGCGGAAGCUGAAAUUCUGGAAUUCGUACGACGCUCGAAAUUAUUGCAAGAUCCUGCGCUAAACAGUCAUCAACUCGCUGAGAAGAAUACACGAUAGCUCAUCACCUGUGACGGGCCAUCGACAGCAGCAGCAGCAACAUCAUCAUCAUCCAAGUCUCGCGCUGCAACCGUUACAAUAACCGUCAAGCUGAAUUCGCCAAAGUCGAUAGUCAAGAUGGAUCAGCAGCAGUAUUGCCUCAAAUGGAGCAACUACUCGUCGAACCUGGCGGCGGCCUUUUCGAACCUGUUCGAUUCGGCCACCCUGACAGAUGUCACACUGGUCUGCGGAGGUACCGUCUUCAACGCUCACAAAGUCAUCCUGGCGGCGUGUUCGAAAAACUUCGCCGACCUGUUCGAGCGGGCACCAGUCGGCACCGGACAGAUCUGCGUCAUGCUGGAGGCCACCUCGGCCGACAACAUGCACGCUCUGCUGGAGUUCAUGUACAAGGGUGAAGUGCACGUUUCACAGAAAUCGCUGGAAAGCUUCCUGAAAGCAGCUGAGAAUUUGCAGGUCAAAGGUCUCACCACAGAGCACGGCCGUUUCGCGAGUGCCAAUGCCACCCAGUCACAGCAGCCGGCGUUCCACGAGUCAAACAACCUGCCCUCGCCAGCCUCCCGCCGACAGCAGCGGAAUUCCCUGUCCGCCUCACUAGAGUCCAUCAACCGGAUCGGCGGCGGAAUCGUGAAGAAUGAACCCCUGCCCGGCAGUGGCGGGGGAGGCGGCGCCGGUGGGGGUGGCAGUGGUGCCACAACGCCCAACUUCGCCUCCUACCUGCCACCGACCUACAUCCCGCCCUCGUACGAAACCUCCCGGAAACGCUCGAUCCGCAGUCCGUUCUACGAAGAAGCCACACGAGGUAGCGUGCUGCGGGACGGCAAGGCUAGCGUUGGCAACGACAGUCCGGUCAGCGGAAGCAAAAACUAUCGGCCCUCGAGCAGCGGUUCCUCGGCAGCACCCACGGAAGCGGACACGGCCCACACGGACCGGGAUUCACCGCAGCAGUCAAAUCGGUACGAGAAUCACAGCCCCAGCACUACCCACCAUGGCAACGGCAACGGACCAGUCUCAUCGAACACGUUAGAACGGGACGACCGAAGUGAUCGAGCGCCUUCCGAGGACAAAAUCAAGUGUGAAAACGAGAAAGGAAAUGACAACGGUGCCGAGGACCUGCGAAUGAAAUCGAACGAGAUGCGACCGAUCCAGUCACCGCUCACAUCUUCUGCCCCGCCCACGCCGACGACACCGGUGGCCUUCAUGAAGGGUGGCCUGCCCGGAGGACUGGAAGGACUGAAUCCCACCGUCGAUAUGAUAAGUAUGUUGAACGUCCAGCGGGAAAGUGUUACCACUGCGGACGGUUCUCUCGCUCCAGGCAAAAAGCUUCAGUGUCCGCUCUGUGAUCGCCAGUACGGCUACGAAACGAACCUCCGCGCCCACAUCCGCCAGCGACAUCAGGGUAUCCGCGUGCCAUGUCCCUACUGCAGUCGAACGUUCACCCGCAACAACACGGUCCGGCGACAUAUAGCGCGGGAACACAAACAACAGACGCAGUACAUGACCAACCAGCUGCACAGUUAAGGCGUUUCGGUGAUGUUAAGCGCUCAGACGGUGAAGGUGGUGAAGACAACGCUGAAAAACGAGAAACGAACGAACACAACACAACAAUAACUGCCAGCAACAACAUCUGCAAAUCAGAAUCAGAACAAUGAAGUGAAAGAACAGGAAACUCGCGAGCAUUGAUGCAUAUAAAGAAAAAGCUAUCGCUGAUAGCACGUGAUAAUAGAGAAAAAUACGAGAAGAGCUGAAAUCCGAAAUUUAUUUCGCAAACAAACUCUGAAAUAAAUAUUAAUAGCAUAAUAAUUAGAAGGCAAAGAUUGAAAGAGAGAAAGAUAGGAACACGAAAUUGGCACUGCUAAAUGUCGAGACAGCUUGAUGGAGGCCGAAACACGGAGCCCAGCUUCGGUUUCGGCAUAUUUUGAGAUGUAUUUCGCGCUAUUCUCUCAAGUGAUAUGAAAUGGUUCCUGCGGGAAUCAUACACCAACCGAUGUUACCGGAUACAAAACCGUAUGCAAUAUUUAGGUUUCUUUUUUACUGUGCAAGCUUUUUCACCAUCGUUAUGAGAUGUUUAAUCCUUCUUUUGUAUACCCAGGUUCCUUUGUCUUUUGCGGUGUUUGAACCGUUAAUUUCUCUGAAACAGCUCUUCCCAGGAUUGCAUUGAGCCAUGAUUGGGGAGUGUUGUGCACUUUCUACCCCGUUUCUAUACAGGGGAUGGAAAGAUAAAACAUAAUCACCGCAAGUGUCAUUAUUUAUUAAUUUAAAAAGUGUAAUAAUCAUAGUUGAAGGAAUAAUCAAUAACAUAACUCAUACACAGCAGAAAGCGAGACAAAAGUUCCAUUUUUUCUCGUUCGCAGUUGAGUCACAUACACAGAAAGAAAUCAUCUAUUAUCAACAACAAAAGAUGCUAAUUUUCUCACACAACAGAUUAAGUGAAGUAACUGAAAGUAAUAGACGAGAAAUAAAUAUUGAAUAAACACAGUACCUGGUGAGCAUAAGGAAAAUAGAUUAAUGAAAAAUAUUUAAAUUUAAAUAUAAAGGAUAAAUAUUUAAAUAUAUUGUAACGUAAGUGCAGUUGCAAGUCGAAACUAAACUACUACUUGCUAACAGCAAUACACAAAAAAGACAUUUCAACAGCGCAGAAGGUGAGAAUAAGCAUAAAAAAGUUAAUAUUUGAACUGUACAAAAUACACAAAACAACAAUCAAUCAACGCAAGCAUUACGAGACAGACAACAUCUUAUUGAUUUUCGAACGGUUAAUUUUGCGUUUCAAAGCAUUAGGAGAAUCUUAACUUUUAACUGCGCAAGAUAGUAUAAAACUGGGUGCCUACUAAGAGAGAGAAACUACUACUUUAACCUACUACUACAACUGAUGCUAGUACUGCAACUACUACCACAGCCGCAAUAUUAUGGAACUUGACUGUUACAGCGUAAUGGGACAAGCGAACCGCUACACAUUAGGCAAAUCAAUAGAACUAGUUACUUGUUAUAUAAAUCCGAUUGAUCUCAUUUUUAUCAAAUCUUUAACGUUACAGAUUUUACAGUUACCCAAUCUACUACUACUGCGACUACUACUACUACCACAGCAAUCAGCAACGCAAUCGUUUUGCUUUGCAUGCACAUAUCUCGUAUAAGCGGAGCAACCGAUUCGGCAUCGUUUCGACUAGCACGUUUAGAAAUUCCUGUAAAGAACCUCGUUAGAUCGUGAAAUCCUUCUUCGUUGAAUGUUUAGUCAAACAAUGGAGGAUUUUACGUUUCUCAUACUCAGGAUUUAGGUGGAAAUUGAUCGAAUCGAACACAAUCGGUUGCACCGAAUUAUGCGCUAUUUUUGUUCCGUUCCCGUUUACAAACCCCAACCCACUUUUUGGCGAAAAAUACAUCUCAAAAUUUUCACAUGAAACUGUUUGCAACAAAAAGAAAAACACUAGAAGAGAAGAAAACCGAAACGCAGCCAUUUUUCUGUUGGUAAAGCAUAAAACUGUUGAAAAAAUGAAAACAAAACAAUGCAAAUGAACGAAUGUUACUUUGUUUUUCUGAGUUUUUGUUUGCCGAAUCAGAUCAGAAUAGAAUCACGACGAGAAUCGAGAAGAAACAAGCGAGUGAUGAUGGCGCAGUUUAAAGAAAGCGCUCGCGCGCACGCGUAAGUUUUUCAAAGUAGGGAAUUCAAGAAUCAAAACUAAUGUGCUCAUAUUAAUGUGUAAGUUUUUCAAGCAACAAGCAACACCCAAGAAACAAACAGCAGCAACUACUAAAAAGGAAGUAAAAGUAUCGAAAUGAAAGGCAUGAACUCGCAGGGCCAGAGCGAGUGAGUGCACGAACGGGGAGAAUAGAGAUCCCGAUUGGAUCUAGAUCCCGCGGUGUGAGAGCGAAACACGGAACAGUGGAGCGUCGAAGUGCUUCGAUUAUUUUGUUAUUUUUUCUAAGUCAUCCAACUGCACAUUGAAUGAAGUUACCGAACAACUGUGUACAACAAAUUAUUUUUACGGGUAAGCAACGCGUCCAGAUACGGACCCUCGAGCUGUCACAUGUGAGGUGAACUGUUACUGUUUUUUCUCUGUAAAUUUAAAUCGUAAUGACUUGAAAACUAACAGUUUCCGACUAAAGACUACAAAAUGAGGCACACUAUGUCUUUAACUUCAACUCGUUCUCGAAUACUUCAGGUGUUUUGCCCUUUAUAAUGGUUCAAAAACCCUGUUCAAUAAAGUAAGUAAAACUUGAUGGAAGUUGAUGCAUCCUGCUCUAACCAAUUUGUUGGCGAAUGGGUAAGAAUAAGCUGCAGCAAUUUCCAGCAAGUUCUACCUACUUUAUUGGACAGGACUAAUCUGACAAAGUACCGGUUCAUUUUGUUUUUCAUUGUACCAGUAAAACAACGACCGCGCGUAGUGGCAGCAUGCCAAAUCCUGCCAAAACAAUGUCUCGCAUCCGUGAGACUGCAGUAAAGGUCGGUUUCGCCAGUUAAUCCCGGAAUAGUUUCUUGGCACAUGUUUUGGCUAUCGUACUGUUUGUCGUUCUGGUUUGGUGCCUCCCUGAUCUUGUACAGGCACAUUUCAUAGUUUUUUUUCUGCAUAAUCGGUAGAAACCUCUACCAUUUACUCCAUAUCGAUCGACGCUUGAUCAAGUUUUUGGUUUUCCUUGAAUAACUUUACCGCCCGGGAUACCGUCGAAUCACACGAUCCCUAGGGUUUUCCGGAUCACCCAUGGGACGCAUUUGGAUUCUCCACUACGGUGCACACUAUAUUGUUGCAGAUGUGCUCUCUAUAACCACUUGUGAACGAUAACUUGUGACGAUAUCCUGCCUAUGUGAACAUUACACUCUUAGCUGAUUUCAGUCUAAGUUUCAUAAAUUCUUAGCCACAUUCCUACUAAAAAGUUACAAACUAAUCCAAGACUUGAAGAUCAGCUUUGAAAUUCAAUACUUUCUCUCGAUUUUGUGAAACAGGAUAGUGCUCUUGCAUACAAGAGAUUCUGACAUCUAUUAAACUUUGUGAGAUUGGCACAAUUAAGAGUUCGUUUAAUUUACAUAAAUGCACUCAGUUGAAAUUAUGUGAAAGUUCGAAUGUUCGUAUCUGUGAGUCGUUUUAUUUAAAAUAUUUCAUUUCUGUGUUAAUAAUAAUCCACGGGUAUAUAUAAUUUGUAAUCCAAUGGCAAUAUCGAAUCAGAAGUAGUGUAUUUAAUUUAUCUAAGCCAUAUUUAUUCGUGUAAAUUCAUUCUGAUUUAUAGGUGCAGAAAGAGUUGUUUCUUUACUUUUAAGCACUCCGUUCGAAACUUCCUUGUUGAGCUCACUUUUGUUAAGAUACAAAACUUCAAAUGAAGAAGGAUAAUGCGUAAACGAUAAAUAUGAGUUGUUCAUAGUUGAAACAGAUACAAAAUAGGUGAAAUGGAACAAUAAUAGUGAUAUUUAAAGCAAACAUCUUACCCUUAUUGAAAUAGACUCAUCAUUACUACAUUGAAUAAUGAACGUUCUGUUAGUUUACAAUAGAAACAUAUGGAACGCAAAUAAAAAAAAAAAACAUUAAUUUAGUCGGUCUCAUUCGACAACGACUCUGUUCAAAAACUGCCAUCAACAUUUGUCACGGUAUACCUCAUUUUAUAUUCGUUUGCUUAAUGUCUCGAAACAGUGCAUUUGGUUAAACCAACUGGCAAUUAAGUUUCUUCCUUAUAGUUUCUCAUAGAAAGUAAAACAAUACACAAAAAAGAAAUACAAGUCAUAAUCAAAUAGAAAAACCGAUAAAGAUUGAUGAUUGCUGAAAUCAACUACCUCCAUUUUUAAUAGUAACACAAUAUAAGAAAACAUAAGCAAGCAUUUAACAGCACUUCUACUGCUCAUUAAAUGUUUCUCUUCUUUACACACUUCAAACACAGGAACAACAACAACAGCUACAUCCAUGCAUAAGCAACUCCAACCAACCAAUAUCAUUUUAAGAAGUAAUUAUAGUGAAACACAAUCCAUUUGUUUCCAAUGUGCAUCCAAGUUCGUCGCCGAUUCGGGAGACAACGCGAGAAACACAGCAAACGAUUUCCUUUUCCAUUUUUCAGUUUCGGUUAAAGUAUGUAAGUUAAAAGAAAGCACGAACGAUAGGCGCAAAGGCAUAAUAAUUUAAAAUUUAACGUGUUUGCAACCGUAAUAGUGUCCGCAUCAAAUUCAAAAUUUAGCUGUUACUUGAAGAAAAAAAAAAUUACAACCCGCAACACAAGAGUGAAAUGUUUCGGAUUUUAAAUCAAAAUUUUUAAUAUCAGCACGAAAAAGCGAAGGAGCGCGAAAAUAAAGUUAAAAAAAAGCGAGAUAAAAACAACAACUUUUGGGCAAAGAGAGAAAAAUUUCGGACGUUUAAGAAUUUCAGGCCGCGGAUUCAAAACAAAAAAACAACCUUUGGAGGAAAAUAAAGAAAAAAACAAAACGAGAGCGACAUCAGAAAGAACACACGUUUGGACGUUAACUACAAGGUAAAAAAAGGAAAACAAAAACAAAGAUACAAAAAGCGAGAAAAUCAAGUGCGAGCACUUUAAAAGUUUAAUUAUUAAGGACAUGUCGAAGAAAGAUAAAUCGAAAGCGAGACAAGUGAAGGAAGAAAGGCUUAAAAAUUGCGAAAAUGAGAAGAGUCAUACAAAAAAUCUCCUGUAAAUAAUUUCUACACCGGAAAAUCACGGAAAGGAUUCAAAAGUAAACAUAACAACACAAUACAUAUUUGAGGUUAGAAGCAUAGAUCGCUAUGCGAAUAAAGGAGUGAAGGAAGAGAGGAAGCUGCAAAUAAAACAGUAAAGGCAAAGCAAAACAGAAGCUAUAAAAUAGCUUGAAAAAUUGAAAUUUAAUAAAAUUAAAUUUGGAUGAUCAGAGCGAAAACCGCGGAAAGGAAGGAGGGAUGAUUGUAGUGGAAGCAAAAUUAAGUAUAACCGUAACAAGAAAGCUAAUAUCUAGAGUGUAAAAUCCUUUUGAUGAUGAAAAAAUUAAGUAACCAUACCCUUUAGAUUUAAAAAUUACUGGAAGAAAAAUUAUAAAUAUUACACAAUGGAAAUGAAUAUAAAUCUAUUGCUAAAUCUUACCUAAAAUUCAAAAGAAGAAAGAAAUGUAAAGUGGUGACCAAUCGCAAGGACGACGAGGGAUGUAAACGAUGUGUAAAUAGAGAACAGAAAGCACGCAGCAAACAUGCAAAAAAAAUGUAUCAAAAAGUUUAGGCUAAAUUCUGAGCGUAAAAAUGAAAUAGGAAAUGACAAAAUAAAACAAGAAAAAGUUUGGAUCCAACCCAAUGAAAAAGAGGAACUAGACAAGUUUGAGUUCACCUUUUGUUUUCGGUUCCGUUUUCGAAUCUUUUGGCUAAAUUCGAACGGGAAGCGGAACCUCCAAUCUAUAUGUACAAUCCUUUUGGCAAAGCAAAGAAAGAGAAAAAAUCGUUUCGGCAUCGUCAUUAAACUCUUAGUUAGAAAUGUUUAGGCAAACGUUUUCAAAAUUAAACCAAUUUUUAAGCAAAAUUCUAAAUUCUAAAGUAAAGAGAAGUUUUGGUUGCUGUUUUUUGUUGGGCAAACUAAAGAAAAUUAUCGAACGUUUUUACAUCAGUGUGCAGGAGGCGAAAUAUGAGUGUGUCACCAGUUUACAUUGUGCUAAAAUAAUCGUCAAAAUUUACUAGGCUAUUUUAACUACUAGUAUUUUCGGAAAGCGUUUCGGCAUUUUUUCGGUAUCUAUCCCAUUCAAACACCACCCACACAGGCAUCGUCAAUAGAAAAACUAUGGUAUGAAGCGAAAUACAUAAAAACAGGAAGUAAUAUUAUUUUGGCAUACGAGGAAUCCCACUAGCAGAGAUAGAGAGAUGAGAGAUUAGAGAUGAGAGGAAGAGAGUCGUAAGAAACGAAUGACAGGAGCAACAAAACACCGGAAGAAGCAGGCAAUUUUUCAAUUUUUCAGCUUUGGCUUCGGGCUCCGGGGAUUGCGCCCAACCUGUGUGUAGCAAGUGCAAUCUUUGCGGCCAUCCCCCCGGCAAGCCCGCGCCUCAUUUUUGAGCCUUUUUUCGGGAAAAGGAUAACGAAGAUCUACAACCGAUCGGGAUUUUGUUCGUAGAACAGAGAUUGGUUCGUGUUUAUUGUUUUAGUUUCUCAGUUUCUCCUGUAUGAUUUUGUUCAGUUUCACUACUGUUACUUGUAAAACUUGUGUUAUAAUGCAAUGUGAAUAUCCAAUUGCAGCAAGAAGUGUAAAGUUUAGACAUGUAAAAGAAGAAAAACUCAACUAGUCACACGUGCAACACACUCAGGUACAAUAAAAAAAAACAACUGUAAACGUUUAACAUUAAGAAAAACACAACUUUGCUAAAAAGCAAACAAAAACUUUUGAAAUAAGAUAAAACUUAGAGAGACAUUUAACAAAGUUAAUUACAUUAACAGUAACUUUAGUUUAGUACACCCUCCUGGUUUAGUUAACGUUUAUUGUCCGAAUGCUUAAGUUUUACCGUGAAAGCUUGUUUUACAGUAGAGUACGUAGAAGUAGGGACACACUAUGGAGAAGAAAAAGGAGAAAAUUGAAAAAAAAAGAUCAGAUAAUUAGCGAUUUACUAGGCUAAGUUUAGGUGGAUAAGUGAAACAGAAGGAUAUACUUAAAAACGACAAAAAUACGUAAGAAGCUGUUAGGGCUUUUCUUUGAAGAAAAACUAAAACGAAUGUAGUAAUCGGACGAGAUUACGGACAAAAAAGUCAAAUUCAAAAUUGCAACCCAAAAUUCAACAAAAUUUCAAUCAUCUAAGCAAAAACUUACAACCAGACAAAACUCAAAAAUCAAGCGAACAAAUUGUAGAUUUUGAACAUUCUUUGGAGAGAUCAUUUUCGGAAUACUGAUUUAGGAUUCAGUUUUUGGGUAACAGCAUUUUCGGAACCAAACAACAUUCAACAGUACGCGGCUCGCGCAAAGGGGAAUAUUUCCUACUAGACGAACUGACAGCACGUUGACAGCUUGCCGUCGUUCGUCGCCAGGUUCGAAGUUAUCUCCAAUGCGCGCGUCGCUUCAAAACCGACAACAGACAACGUGGAAUGGCUAAAAGGGUUGUCGGGUCCUAUUCCGCUAGCAAACGGACUGCCUGGGGCAACACGCGAGGCUAAUAUUUACUGACAGCUAAUCUACUUACAAAGCAAUUGAAACAUUGAGAGAAGCUACAUUUCCACUCGAGGCUAAAACAAACCGGUAACACUGCGAGAGGCUUUCACAACUACUGUGUGUGUGUGCCAAUAAUGCUGUCAGAACAACAAUCGGAGGCUUUCCAAGGCAGUUCCUGGUGCUCUGGUAUGGGACAAGAUGGCUUCCCUGUUAAUGAAGCGUUGAUUUGUUACUCUGGAGCGUUCAGUCAUGAUAUUUGCAGUUUUGACAGAAUUGUGGUUCAUGGAAUCAGCAUCGUUCAGUACAUUUUCGGGAAAUAAAGGUUGUUCAAUUACGACCGGGCUGAUGAAAUCAGUUUAUUAUCAGUAAAUUUCACGAGUUCAAAGCAUAGUAUUUCAGUAUGGAAUUCCCUUGCAAGAUAUGACAUUUACUCGUUCGUAGCUCACUUCAGAAGCAUUUUAGGACAAUGCAGUGUAUGAACGACUUUCUCGUAUUCAAUAAAAGGUAACGAACGCAACUCUCCACGCCGUGAAUAUAAUUAUCGUUAACCGCUUUGAGAGUUGUUUUUGUAGCUCUCCCCGUUUCUUUGGAAUGGCUUUACAAAAAAAUAGGUAAUACGAAAAAGUCGCGUCUUAAGUGAGUAAGAAGCAAGUAGAGUGGAUGAUCCCAUCCUUAGUGGUUGAACCUUAGCUGGAUAUAGAAAGUCUUCUUCUAGAAUAUAUUCCAGGUCUAUUAGAAAUGGACACGACACACAUUUCUGUAGAAUUUGCGACAUUGAAUACGAGUUCUGAUUUCUGAUGUUGAAAAUACCAAAUAAUGUCAAAACCGCAAAUAACACGACUGAAUCAACCGAAAUAACAGUGAUGGUUGCAGACGGUGGCGGUCCUUUCGUAUAGAGGAUCGUACCGGAAGCAACGCACGAAACUAUAUGCAAUAAGCUAGUCUAAUUUGUUUGACCCCAAGACUCACAACCUUUCACCCCCGGAAAUCCGACCUACCAUUACUGACUGCGUGUACACCACCCUCCGAAUCAGUUCGAUGCACCUCUAAAACCCGCAAAGGCAAAAUGUCGGCUACGAUUUUGACAAGAAUUUGACACACCGAACUGCAAUAGUAGAAACGGUCGUCGAUCGUUUGUUACACUGAAUACAUGUUGAAGUUUAUAUCAUCAACCGGAAAGACUGCUAUUUACUGUUACCUCAUUUUUUGUAUACCGAAUCAAUAGUUUUUACUUAAUUUUAGUUUUAAACAUUUAAACAGCCAACGAAACUGUUUAGAACACGUGUCGGAACAUGUCAAAUCGCGAGCCGGCAAAAUGCUGUCAGUUGAAGAGUGGAUCGAGCUGAGUUUCUAAAUGGGGAAAUGACGUCUACAGUCAGAAUGGAGUCGGAUAAACAGCCUUAAAGAACUUAAAUAGUUUAUGACGGAAAAGAAGAGACAUAGAAGAAACAGUUGAACUAGAGUUAAGCUCAGUAUUCCUUGUUUUUAAUUUGUUUAUAAUUUUGUUUUUAGAUGACCAACCCGUUCACCGUUGGCGGGUGAAACGAUUUGCAAUAGUAAAACAGUUGAUCAAUGAUGAAAUAGUUUAAAAAUAAUAAUGCGAAAAGGUAAAAUACAAUUUAAGAUAAUAGACGAAUUAUUUAUUGAAUAACUGCAUUUUUUCUUCAAUUAAAACGGAAAAACAGAAUCUACAAAUAUGUAAUAACUGAUAAAUAUUUACAAUAUUUCUAAUGAAACAAAGCAGAUAGAACCAUAUACAAGAAACAGUUAACAGUACCCUUAUACAGUACUGACAAUAGUUCAUUUUUUUGUACAAUAAUUAAGAAGAAGACAUACAAAUCAAUUCAAGCAGCUUCCACACAAGUUCUCCAAACCAUUUUUAUUGUUUGUUGAAAACCUACCAUAGAACCAAAUCAUCCAGAAAUGUACUCGUAAAGUCAAAUGUUUCUUUUAAACUGGAUUCCACCCACACUCAGACACAUUGUUUUGCAAUAUAAAACUGGUUUCGUUUACACCAGUUACAGGUUGAUCAUAAAACAAACGCUAGACAGCAGAAGAAAUAGAAAUGGUUGAACUAAGGUAAUAGUUAAAGUGACGAGUAUUUAUUGUUAAUUCUAUAGAACACCGCAUAGGGAGCCCGAGUCGGCGCCGUAGUACGGUAUCGAUUCUGAGCGCUUCCCGACUAAACAUAUUUUUAUAAUAGUUACAGAUCUGACAGAAUUAAGCUAAUCCCUUACAUUUAGUUCACCACAGUUCUCGUAUAACUUGAUUACAUGAACCUAUUAUUCAUUAUUUAUUUGUACAUAAGCAAACUACCACCCAAUCCACACAUACACACACGAUUGUAAGUAAUUCACAACUACAAACAGAUAAAUCAGCAAACAUCUAACAACAAUAUUCUGACUAACUGACUGACUGACACAGACUUUUGACUUUAAGACCUUCGAACAAUCACACGCACCCCUACGAAUAAACUUGUAGGACUAAAUUGUGUUGUUUCGUGGUCGUGAUGUUGUCCAUCACCACUACUACCGAACUUUCUGUGCGCAGCGCGAUCUAGUGUAACAACCGAACACGUUUCACGCGUGAUGUCAAAUUUCAUCGAAGUAAAUUCGUUUUUUAGCAAAUAGUCUCGAUCCCACCGGUUAAUUGUUAGUUGAAAUAGUUUAAAGUGCUAAAAAGUUUUAUGAUGAUUUAAUAUCUAACAGUUUGGUUUGCAUCGCGAAAACGCCGGAAAUGCCGCAACAUAACCUUACCCGUUCUGGAAUUAACGUUUUAUUUUUACUUUUUUCGGGUAUGAAAACAUUUUUUUUUUCUUUGAAAAUCUACGACACAGACAAACCGAUAGAUCUGAUUUCUUAACAAGUGAGUCGAAAAUUCAGCAGUUUGACGAGAAAUAUUGAAAUUUUUAUCAAAUUUCGAUAAGAUUCGUCCGAAUGCUGGUAGAAGUUGAAAAUUCACAAGUAAAUUCGGUAAUCUGGACUUCACUGUUACGAUCAGAUCUGUCACAAAUUAUCUGUCUGUGUCAACGUAAUGCUCUCUGAUACAUAGAAUACCUCGAAAUCGAGGUAAAAAACAACACAAUUUAAAGAAAAUUCGCCGAACCACUCCCCCAAAACCACCACGCGGACACUCCGGAACAAACGAAUAGCGCGCGCAUGCCGAGUGUGAUUGUGCUCGUAAUAAUGUAUAUUUUCAAAAUUUUAGUUAAGCAAAUUUAGAAACAACCCCACACAAGUUUAGGCGCUCUUAUCUUCUAAAUUUUACCGCAUAAGUGAGUUAGGUUUUUCGGUUCGGGUUUUUGGGAUUUUCAUUGAUUUUUUAGUUUCGUUCUGACACUUCCUUCAUCGUUUAUUUUCCGUUUCGACUUUAUUUAGUGUGUAGUAGAGUUCUAGAUAGCGUCUUGAUCCUAGUGACGCCUACCAUGGAGGGGGGAAACUAAGUAUAAAAUGGCGCGAAGCGUCGUUCAAAAUUGUCCCUCGAAAGCCACUGUUACGCCACAGCUAGGGAGGGACAGAAAUCUGCGUUACCAACCACUAGUUUACUUCUUAACAAAAUGAUUUGCUUAAAAAAGAAAAUCAUCGCCCGUUUUACUUUCGGGCUCAAAAUAUACUUUCGUUCUAAAAUACAUUUAAUGGAGUCGUGCUAGGAUAAGAUUCGCGCCGCCGUCAAGAGUUCACAAACCGUACUAUAUGCACCGUACAGAUAGGUUAAGUGCUUGUUUAAGGUUAUGCAGGCGACGACACUCUGAUGAUCACACACACACACUUGAUGGCGUGGACAAAUCUACAAAACAAAUUCAAAAUUUAAGAAUACAAAAAAAUACAUCAAUAUUUUUAAAAUUGGAGUCUAAACUACAAAAGAAAAAAAAAACGUCAACAAAAGCUAAAAUCUGUAGAGGUUAAGAGAGAGAGAUGAAAAUCUAAAUAUUCUAUAUUCUGUGCUAGUGCAACCUUGCUAGCUACUAAGUGUACAUUUUUAUGAUUUAACAAAAACAAAAACGGGUAUCAUAUUCAGCAACUUUUAGGGAGAGGAAUGCACCAUUCAAACGGUGUCACCUUCGUCCGCAGCCCAAAAGUGAUUGACUACGAGGGAGGAAAAUCGUUAACGAAAGCUUUCGUUCCAUAAGUUAUUUUUAAAACCAACCACAACACCAUAUUUUAUUAAGUUUUUGUAAGUUUACUGUCUUGUUUUUAAGUUUAUCAUUUUGUACGAACCCUAAGUUCUAUUAUUUUUGUGGUCCACAAAAAAAAACACAACAACGCUGUAAAUGUGUACAAACUGAAUAAAUUAUCGGAAGCAUUUGCAUACAUGGAUGUGGAGGCCGUGAAAACAGAAAAAAAAACAAAAAUGCCAUUUCAAACACGAAAGUGGCGCAAUUAAACACGUCCGGCUUUUAGUUUGUUGAUAAAUUCAUCGUGGCUUCCACAGAGUGUACGCUGUGUCGUCAGAACAGAGCAAUUGUGCAUACUUUUAUAAUGUUAAAUGAAAAAAAUAUAAAACAGAAAACCAAGAAAUAAUCAAAAAAUGAUUUUGUUUUAUUUGAUUUUGUUAUCAUUUCCCUGGCGGUUUACUUUUUUUUGUCGAUGCUGAUUUCUUUAAGUUGUUCUCGGUUCGUUCGUUUUCUUUUAUUGCUAUGUUGGUUAUUGAUUGUUAGCGAUAAGUUUUCACAGGAUGUAGUUUUCUUCUAAAUAAUUUAUAGGGGGUCCAGUAUUGGUUAAAAUACCCAAGCUGGAAUCGAUUCUCCUGGCCUGCAUGCUGCGCCAAAACAUAUCUCUAAUUUUGCUUCGCACUAGCAGAGAUAUUACUGUAUCGAGCGUAUGUCUAGUGGCGCCAGAUUGGAAAUGGUGGCCAAUGGCGUAAACACAUGGUUCGUGCAGUUACUAAUUUUGGAUCACGCUAAAAUCAACUUCCUUACACCUUCCAAGGUGGUACUACCAACCCCCUGAAGAAAGCGUUAGUUCUUGAAGCCGCCACCUUUAGUGGGGCGCCACGAGUUUGUUUACGAAAUUCCAGUCUGCUGGCCAAUCUGCUACGUGCGGAUGCGAACUUUGUCGUACGAAGAUAAAUUCAUGAUCGAGAAACGAUUAUUUACACAUAUUGUUCAAUGCGUUUAGUGAACUUUGUUGAAUUUAUAAAACGCACAAGUAUGAAAAUACAGUUAGCCCAUGUUAAACAACGCUAAAGUCAAUUAAAUGUGAAUGUCGCGCCUGCUCAAACAGAAAAAUCACUAUGUUUUCAGCUUUAUGCAACCGCCAAUUCAAAUUAGCACCACGUCCAGCACCAAAUUUUUGGCUUCAAUCCAGUUGUAUGUGGAUGACAGCCGUUUCAUGGGGUUGGGUACUACUCUAUCCAGUUAGUGAAAGGUCCUUGAUUUAUUUGGUUUAGCCCUAACAAGUUUUUAGCAAACUUUACAUGGGUUUUAGUAUGACAGGUAACAUUUUUGCUGUAUGAAAAAUAUUAAGCACUUUUACACAAGAGCUGCAUAAGCUAUUACAUAUUCAACGACGAAGAUUCUCUAGGAUUUUUUUGCGUUUCAUCCUCGAAUUAGUUUAAAGAUUUCCCUUUGAAUAUUUUAAUGGAUCUUUAAGGGGCUGUCCAUAAACCACGUGGUCAUUUUUUUGGGACUUUUCAACCCCCCCGCGUGGUCAUUUGUCCAUACAAAAUUUUUUUUUGUCCAUACAAAAUGGUCAUUGGCCGAACCCCCCUCAUGACCACGUGGUUUAUGGACAGCCCCUAACGAUAUUCUUCGCUGGUAGUACCUUCUUAACUUGUUUUACAAAAAAUUCUACAUAGAUUUAUUAAGACUUCCAAGACAACAAUUUUGCUGCUUUCAUGUAUUUCUGAAUAUGCUAACAGAAUUCUGAAACACAAAAGGCUGAAUAUGUGUAAUUACAGGCCAGGAUACAUUAACCGGGGAAUCGAAUCUCCCCAAUCAUCGAGAUAUUUGUUUCCUUUCAGCUUCAUUUGUGGGAAGGUAACUUAUGAUGGUUCCUGCGGGUUUCUUCCUUUCAAUGGUUCCUGAUUCCUUCUGGAGAUUUCUCCAAGAAAUCAUUCAGAAGUUCUUUUAAGGAUUCUUAGUGAUGAACAAUAAUAAAAAGAAUAAAAAAUAAGGAUUCCUCUCCAUCGAUAAUUCUUGCUGGAGAAUAAUCCAUGAAUUUGAUCUAAGGAUUUCUUUAAGAAUUUUAGCAGGAUUCUCAGAAGGAAUGCCUAUAAAUUUUCAAUCAGGAACUUCUGAGUGAUUCCUAGAAGACAAAACUCUUGGAAGAUUACCAUGAAAACUCCAAAAGAAAUUCCUGGGUGAUUUCUAAAAAAACUGCUGAAAAAUUCUUACAAGGAACUCAUGAGGGAUUUUCGGUAGGAACUUCUGAAGAAUUUUCAGAAAAAAAACAAGGUUGCAACCAUUCAUUUGCAAAGAUUUACAUUCAUUUGCUAUUAUCUCAGUUCAGAAGCAUGCUAUCGAAAAACAAUGUAUGGAUGAAUUUAACCUUGAAGUUUUAUCUGAAAGUUUGCCGAAUAACAUUGGGGUCGCACACGCAUUCCAAAGUCGUGAGCGAGCUGUGAAAGAAACUUUCCACAGCGUGAAUGAAAUUUACAUUCACCGCGUGGAGAGUUGCCUUCACAGCUCGCUCACGAUUUUGGUAUACGUUUGCGACCCCAAUGUUAUUCGGCAAACUUUUAGAUAAAACUACAAGGUUAAAUUCAUCCAUACAUUGUUUUUCGAUUUGCAUGCUUCUGAACUGAGAUAAUAGCAAAUGAAUGUGAAUCUUUGCAAAUGAAUGGUCGCAACCUUGAAAAAAACUUCUAGAAGAUUUGCAAAUGGAACUUCUGAAGGAUUUGAGUAAUAAAAUGCUGAAGGAUUUCUAUAAGGAACUCCUGUAGAAUUUCCAGAAUGAAUUCUCGAAGAUUUCCAGAAGAAACUCAUGGAGAAGCCCCAGAAUAAACUACUACAGUAUUUACAGAAGAAAUUCUUGGAGGAAAUCUAGUAGGAAAACCCGAAAAAAUAAUAAAAAAAACGAUUCUGGAGCGAGUUUGUUGAUUAAUUAUGCUAGAGUCCUAGAAAAAAGUACUAAUGAAAGCCCAAAAGAAACUCCUGGAGAAAUUCCAGAAGUAGCUCCUGGAGAAAUUUCUAGAUGUAGUCCAGAAAGAUUUCCUGGAAGAACCCCUAAAGGAACUUAGAAUAAACUUCUGAUGGAAUCCCAGAAAAGAAAUGUAUAAAGAAGGGCGUAAUUUAGAAGAAACUCCUGGAGAUACAUAUAUCAAAAGCAAAUGUUGUAAAAAAAUCAAAAACCAAUCUGGGAAAAAAUCCCGUUGGAACUUCUGUAGAAAACCCAAAGAAACUACUGGAGGAAUAUCGAAAGAAUCAUCCUGGUGUAUCUCAAAAGGAGCUCCUGGAUGAAUAUUAAGAGGAAUUCCUGUCAAUUUCCAAUGAGGGACUCCUGGAUUAUUUAGAAAACAAAACUCUUGGAAGCUUCAUAAAAAGAAGUUUUGAAAGACUCAUACAAGGAAGUCUUGGAUUGUGUCGUGUAGGAACUUCUGGAGGAUUUCCAGAAAGAACUCCUAGAAAAUUUUCAGAAGGAACUUCUGAAGGAUUUUCCGAAGCAACUUUUAGAGGAUGUAUGGAAGGAACUCCUGGAGAACUUUCAGAAGGAACUCCAUGAAGAUGUCCAGAAAAAAACUCCAGGAGGAUCACCAGAAUAAACCCAGGAGAAACUCAUGAAGGACAUCCUGGACAAAUAUCAAAGGUGAUUUUAUGGAUGAAUUUUGCCAGAAUCUUAGAACGAAAUACUACUGAAAACCUAAAAUAAACUCCUGUAGAAAUCCUAGAAAAAGCUCGUGGAAAAAUUUCUUGAUGAAAUUAAAAAAGAUUUCUUGGAAGAAUGCCGAAAGAAGCUCUGAAGAGACUCUGAUGAAAUCCCAGAAAAAAAUGCAACAAUCAUAUGAAAAACUUCUGGACGAAAUUUGAAAGAAUAUCAGAACAAUUUUUGAAAAAAUUUCAGAAAAAAAAAUCUGGGAAAAAUCCUAUUGAUACUUCUGAAGCACCCCGAAGAAGCUACUGGAGAAAUAUCAGAAGGAAUAAUCCUAGUGGAUCUCAAAAGAAGCUCCUGGAAGAAGAAAUUCCUGUAAAAUUCAUAAAAAGAACUUUUGAAAGGUUCAUACAAUGAACUCUUUUGGAUUAUUUUUGGUUCGAACUUCUGGAGGAUUUUCAAAAAGAACUCCACGAGUUCUGGAAGAUCAAAAGGAAUUUUCCGAGGACUUUUGGAAGGAAAUCCCGCAAGCAAAACUUCUGGAGACCCGAAGAAUCUCUUGGAGGUAUAUUAGAUGCCAUUUUUGAGAGAAUUUAGGAAAACAAACUUGGGGAGAAUUCCCGUUGAAACUUCUAAAGAAACCCCCGAAGGAAAUGCUGAAGAAACAUCCUGUUUAGGUAACUCUGAAAAGAAGCUUUUGGAGAAAUGUUAUGAGCAUAGGCGCCAACUUGUGACGUAGUUGGGGGGGCGAAGCUCUCCAAAAUUGGACAAAAUUCAACUUUUUUCAGCUCAAUGCACUAGUUUUCACGUAAAUAUUCCUAAACUAGGUGAACUGCGUCGAAAUUUUCCGAAUUUGAUUGAUUUUGAGAGGCCUCGCCCCCCCAACUACGUCACAAGUUGGCGCGUAUGGUUAUGAGGAUCUCUAAAGAAUUCCUUAAACAUCCAAUUCCUGGUGGAACUUUUAAAGCAAUCCCCGUACAAAAGCAAGAGGAAUUUGAUGACGAUGAACCUGGACAUGUUAGUGUUUCUUUUUACCUAAGAGGAAUUUGAGAAGAGACAUUUAGUUUGAUCUCCUAACGAACGCAUGAGAAUUCCUAAAAGGAAGUAUUGGAGAAAUCCCAAUGGUCAGGAACUCCUAGAUAUCAAAAAAAAAGUCAUCGAAUUCCAAAAGAUAACAAAGCAGGAAAGAAAUAUUCUUUGAGGAUUCCUUGGGUUAGAAAUAGUUUUGAAUGGUUUCAAGAGGUUAUUUAGAAACAAAAUCCCAAAAAAUUACUAGAAGGUAGCCCAGAGGAAACUCUUAAAAGAAUCCAACGAGUAGUUUCUAAAUGAAUCACAAAAAGCUCAUGGAGGACUUCGCAGUGGGAAUUCCUUCUAGGGGAAACCCCAAAGGAACUCCUGGAAGCAUUUUGAGGAAACUGGCAAAAGUUUAUCCAAAGAAAUUCCAAGAAACUACCUGGACGAAUUUCAUAAGAAAGUUUUUAAGGAAUUUCAAAGUAAGCGAAAAUUCCAGAUGUAACCUUUGAAAAAAAAAUUAAAAUAUCCUUGAGGAAUCACUAAAAAAAUCUCUUACAACAUACCUACGAACCUUAAGAAAUCUGGAAGGCUUUCAAGAAAUUUCAAAGUAUAAUCCCAUGAGAUAUAAAGGAACUUUUAUAGAAACUUGUUGAGGAAUCUCCACUCAAAUACAGUGUUUGACCACUGAUCUCAAACAUAGAAAAAAAAAAUACACGCAGGCUAUUUUGACACUUGUUUAUUUGGGCUAGGGUUUCCUUAUUGUUUAGUAGAAAAUGUGGCGAAAGCUUCGGAUCGCCAAUCUGGAUACUGCGGGUUUGAGUCCCGCUCUCGUCGGAAAAUUUUCUCGGCUUUUUAAAAAAAAUACUGCCAUAAGCCAUAGGCCGAUCAAUAAAGUACAUAUUCUAUUUGAGCUUUUAAAUUAUCUUUUUUUUAAGAUUGAUAAAUUUGAAAAUUAUACCUUUCCAUAAUUUUACCCAUGGUGUUUCAGCUUUUUGCAGAAAACUCAACAUUUAUCUAAUCUAAUCAAUCAAAAUUUGUUGGGAGAAUAACUUCGCUCUUAGCACCACAUGGAAGAAUAGACCCUUAGAUUUCAUUUGAUGGGUUGUUUAGCUAUUAUGACGACCAACAACUGCUGCAAUUUUUGGCGUUACUCCAAUAUCUCUAAACCCAGUAGGCAUCUAUUUGGAUAUGGCAAGUUAUUAGGAUCUCUUUAUGGCCAGGGUUCAGGCUAAGCAGACAAACUAUACCUGAAUUUGUCCAGUUCUCAGACGAUGAUAUGCAGAUCGUAAAGUAUUGUUUUAUCGCUGUUUUCGUUGUGUUUCUUUUUUCUUUUGAGUUUGAUAAAUGGCGUAAGAGUGAAUAAGUGACAAAAUCGGACUUUGACAGAACUUUUGACUGAACAUUUACAUUACUAGAAGCUGAGACGCAUAGUGCUAACCGUCCAUUAAGUAUUUAAGCAAGAGCACAUUGUUCUCCUCAAUCAACAUUCUUUUCCAUCAUCAAUUUAGUUCUCACACUUCAACUUUCGAUUGAUGUAAAUACUAGUCACAUUCAAAAAAUCUCUGCAGCAGACAUCAUACUACAACCACUGAAAAAUUCAAGAAUUCAAUGCGUUAAGCAUCAUCGCAAAACCGAAAAAAAAAUCAAUGUUAAACACUGUACAUAAUGAUGAUCACCCAAAUCACAGACAACCAGACGGACGGGCGAGUGCAAAAGCAGCCCAUUCCGGCAACACACGCGAACUUCAACGUGAUUUGAGUUCAAACGGUUGCACGUGAAGGGGCCCGUAGAAUUGAAAAUUCUCCUAGGCAUAUUAGCUGUGCGCACGGCACGCUCGUUUCGGUAAUGGUGGCGCGUCGCUCUAAGUGUGUGUUUAGAUGCAAAAGCAGACGAUCCUUUUGUGUAGUGAAACUUGAACAGAAUAAACAAAACAACUGUUAGGAAAGUGGAAAAUAUAACAAAAAAUGUCAGCAAUACGAUCUCUACAUGAUAACUAAAUCUAACUAUCUAAAAUUAAUCAUUACUAAAGUAAGACUUUGGCAAUGUUCUUACUCGAAAAAAACUACUUUUAGACAUAAUCGCUAAGAAAAUGAGAAAAAAAAUGAAAAAAAUCACAUAAAGUAUGACGAAGUUCAGAACCUUAUAAUAAUGAAAGAAAGGAAAAACGCAAUUUUGGACUAGUAUUUUAAUUUAUAUUUAUAACGAAAUUAGAUUUUAGCGUUUAAAGUCAUGGAUCCUUCGUAGAAGAUGGGCAUCAUACCAGUUUGCAAGUAGCGUGAACAAAAAUAAAUCCACAAACUCACAAACAUUAAAAACUAACAUGCAAGAGAUACGAUUCAACCGGGCGUAAGGCAAGGCAACACACAAACAACCAGUUCAAGAUGUAACGGUAUACCACAAAUGGAAGCAUAAGUUUAAAAGAUGAAUCUACUAUUAGAAAUUAUCGUAAUGAAGAUGUGUGUAUCUGAGUAAUCUAAAAAAAAGCGAAAUCAGAAAAAAACGAUAAAUCCAAAAUUAUUGAACUAAAAUUAACCCUUAGAUGUUUCGAUGUAGUUUGACACAGCAAAAAACGAACAUGUAAGAAAAAAAAAAUCAAUGAAAAUGUGAAACUUUUAGGUAAGCGUUCUCCGAGGAAAUCCCGAAAAAGAAACUCAUAAGUUUACACCAUAAACUCCAUUGUGUUUAGAGACCAAUUCAAAACAUUCAAAAAGUCAGCUAACAAAAAAACUCAUGUAAUGAUAUUUUACCGGUCGAGUUUAGUAGCAUCGCAAGCCACACAGCUAGAAAACACUUUCAUUUAGAUCGACGAACGAAAGAAAAAGUACAAAAUUCUCUUGAAAAAUACAUACAAACA